AUGGAAAGGAAAUCGAAUUCACUGUGCUCGGGACUGGAAAAGGCCAUUACAAACUUUUUAUAUAAUGGAGCCAUUGGCCGAUCUCAAGCAUUGUCUAUGGGACUGCAAAUCCCACUCUGGUUUUGGACCCACCAGAUUACUGUGGAGAGUGAACGUGAAAGCCGUGAGUUGCAGAAGGUUGUCAACAUUAUUCGUUGGUUUGAUGAGAAUGGUGCUAAUGUAGGUCAUGUGGCUAUUAUUGUUCCUGCUGAGAUAAAGUCUAAACUACGUGCUCAACUACUGGAUCGCUUUCAUAGCGAUAACACAGCUUUAGAGAGUGCUGUAUCCGAUGAGGUUCGACUUCCCACACUAUUGAGUUUACACGAACUUACAGCAAUGAAUGCACGGGACAAGGUUGUACAUCAAUAUGAGGUGGUUAUUUAUCUUAUUGCACUUCCACCUACCAGUGACUCGUUACCGGCAAUAAUGCAUCAGGAACAGUUUCUUUGUGAUGCCAUUGCUGGUGCGAAAGGUGCUUUUAUUUUAAUAGCGGAUGUGGGAUGGACUUCACCACACAUAACUGUAGGUUGGCCUCAGUGGAAGACUUUUGUAAUGAAAUUUCAAGAGGAAACACCACUUGUUUCGUCAGAAGAAUCGGAUAAAUUAUCUGAUAACGCUAAAUUCUUAUCAUUGAUUGGACAUCGCAUUCCAUUGUGUUGCCCCAAGCAUCUUAAUCAACGACAAUUGGAAUAUGGUAUUGCACCUAUAUUGCGUUCUUGCAAGCGACUUUGUCUUCAAUCUUUUAUUUGUCAGCGGGAGGGUCAUGUUUGUAUGGAUCCAUGCCAUCCGCGCGUAUCACAUAUGAGUUGUCCCUAUACAUGCGAAACCCUUAUGCCAUGUGGACAUGAAUGUUUGCAAAGCUGUUCAGAGAGGUGUAAUUGUUUUGAAGUUAUUGAACAUCCAUUAGAUUGUUCUCAUGCUAUUGUUAUUGGUAUAGAUCAGGCUACUUUACAGCCUAUAUAUGCUACAGUACGACACGUUUUUAAAGGAUAUUGCGCAGAUAUAGAACUUCCUUGUGCAGUUAAAUUUGUCACAGAGUGUGCACGUUGUUUAGGUCCACUAACUACUACUUGUUCUGAAGCGACUCAACAGCAUCAUUCACUGGAGCACAAGACAAUGCUUUGUCCAGGAUGUGUUCGUCUUGAACGUGAGGUACGUGCGAAAAUACUUGGUGAGAUUCUUGUUCAAACAGAGGAAGCAAAACGUCGUAUGAAAGUUGAAGUACAACGGAGUUUGCAUCAACAACGUAAAGCUUCUUCACAAGGAUUAUUUCAGGAAGGUAGUCGAGUAACUAUAUGUGAUAUUACUAAAAUUGUAAAACCUUUAUGUGCAGAUGCUGAUUUUCCUGGAGUUCAAUUUGUCGAUUAUGAUGCACCAGAUUUCUAUUCUAGUAUGGAUGGUGCCUAUGGUACUUUUGUUAGCCGACACGUAGAUAUUGAUGAUCUCAGUGAAGUACGUAAUCUUAUUCGACUACGUGACGGUCAGCAUGUUUUGGUUGCCGAUGGUGGAGUACGUCUUAUUCGUGCUCUUACAAAUGCUAUUACACAGAAGGCCCCCACUUUACUUUUAACGUAUAAUGGGAACGGCCAAUCUGGACAGACAUCAUCAUCAUCAUUAGAUAGUGCAGCCUUUGCUAAGUCGGUUAAAAUGAUUGGUCGGAAUUAUUAUCUUGCUAUUCCUGUACCACUGGGUGAUACUACUAUAUCUGAUAAGAUUGUGCAGGUUGUAUCGGUAGAUCCGGCCACACCAGAGAAUGUUGUUGUGGAAUGUUGUCUCACAACUGUCUUUCCACAUGCAGAUGCCAUGCGAGAUGCUGCUAACACAGAUGCAGAAACAGAAGCUGCAUCUAAAAAACCUCGCCUUGAGGAACCACGAUCGUCGUUAUCACAUCUACGUACUACUAUUGAAACUGUAACCUUCACGGUUCCAGCUGCUUCUCUGGAGCCGAUGGAGGGAUAUACAGUUGGUAAGGAGGUACUGGUACUGGAGCCAACUCGUCAAGUUACUAAUCCACAUGAUGUAGAGGCAUUUGAGGCCGUUCUCACUCAAACACCUGGACUGGAUUUGCGAGGAUCCACUGUGUCCACCGUUCCCAUUGGUAGAGAUACGCCCUUUGUUCUCUUGGGUGUUGUGAAUUCCCCGACAAAUCUUGAGAAGCGGUAUGGGCCCUGUGCGGUGUUGCGGCGGCAUGUGCGACUCACGACUGUGCGCAGUGGGCGGCGGGAUCGAGGCGACGGCCGACAUCCGUGCAUGGCGCAGUACGUGUGCAGCAGCAGUGCGGAGGAUGGCGUCGUGGUGUUGGUGCCGUUUGUCUUCACCGCCGCGGAUGAGUUGUUGGAGGCGGAGAACUCACUCGACGCCGCCGCGCAGGAGCGGUUUGAGCAGCGGGUGCGGGAGACCAUUGCGGAGCGCAGCGAGGAGUUGGCCAUUCGCCACGACGAGGAGUCCUUCCAUCAGCAGCGGCAGAUGCCGGAGGUGACACCGGCGGUGCUCGCGGAGGAUCGCACGGCGUACAGCACUCCCAUUCCGCUGCCAACCGCGGAGUACAUCGCCGGCGUGCGCACGAGACACGCACGGCUCUUGCGGGCUUCCACCACUUCACUGCGUCUCGCCAAGCAGAAGGACACUCUGGUGUCUAAACAGCAACAACUGGGACUCAAUAAAUGGAUUGACGCCAUGCAUCUUCGACAUGGACAGGAUGAAGAGGCAAAUGCAAUGUACUUCAAGGGUUUACAGCGGAAAGCUGCUGGUGCUUCUGCUGGUGCUGCUGUUAAGUGA